AUGUCCGUCGACGACGACAGGCCGGUGUUUGCCUGCCGCUGCCUCAACAUCCGCCUAUAUGCGAGUCGUGAAAACCGGAAGAACUCGCAAGAGCCGCUCUCUAGCCCCUCCUCAGAAUAUCAGCCAUUGUACGUCGGCGAAGAUGGCAUUAAGAUAUCGCAUAAUGAACUUACGCUGCGCACGCGGUUUGCUGUCUCGCAAGAUUCGAGUUCGGCGUCUGGUCAUUCGCAACAGACGCUCGUGACUUGUCUGGUCUGCGACACUCCAGCGUAUCGCGUAAAGGCCGAUGUCCCUCCCGAUGAAGACGCGAAGCAAGGUCCUGUUCUACCUACUGAAGACUGGGCUGAACGGAAUACCCUGAUGAGCAGGAGCGGGCUUGUGGACGUCCAUGUCGGGAAAGGAGGAUGUAUCGCCGAAGAGGAGAUUAGACGGAUAGCAUCUUCGACGUCAUAUUCUCAAUACUUUUCGCUAUCACUACCUUCCGAAUCUCAUACGCUGUCGACAGCCCCUCCGCCAGUCCUGCCACCAACCAGGCUAGGCAUUCCUGCUUCGCACGCGUUCUUACCGUCCCUUCCACCCUUCCUCCCUCCUCCUCCUUUCACUCCAUCUCACCCUAUCUUCUUACACCUUUCCUCUAUUGCUACCGCUUCUUCCAAUGACGCUCGCAGAGACACGGAGAAACGAAUCGAAGACUUCGCGAAGCAGCAAUUGGCAGCUUUAGAAGAGCACGAGACGAAGCUGAAAACUCAGCUUGAGCAUUUAUGGAAAAUCGUAAAAGAGGCUUUGAAGAAGGCGGAACAAGAGAGAGAUGCGAGUCUUCUCUCGGCUUUACAAUCGAGGAGACGAAGUAUGAGCCCUCGACGCGUCCAACCUUCGUUAAGUGGGGUAGGAUCUCCCGUCGUUCGCAACUUCGUUCCGUCGUCGUACCAUGCUCCUCGUGCUGUCACUUCGUCUAACGCGCGGCAGUCCGCUUUAUCGGCUUCGUUGGCGACGAGUUCGUUCCACCAUCCUCGUGCUCAGCAGGAGUCGAAUAUCAGGCAAACUAGUACAACUGUUCCAGCCCAACGCCUGCUUACACCUUCGCCUCCUCCUUAUACCUCUAAUCCGUCCUCUUCAAGCAGCUCUACUGGCUCAGGGACUGGUUCUAUCGCCGAGUUAUCGCGUUCCCUUAAGCGAAAUAUGGACGCCUCAAAUGACAUUGCUGCCACACAUAGGUGGUAUGUGAUUGAAGAACAGGAAGCUGCACGUCGUAAGGCAAGGGAGAAAGCUGAAAAGGACAAGGAGAAUAAAACACCGAAAGACGAGAAGGAGGGUCGCGACUCGAAUAAGUCCACCGCGACUUCUGGCAAUAAUGCAGUGACGACUCGACCUUCCACUGAUAAAUCGAAAGGUCAGGAGUCACUUGGUAUUGAUGACAAACGAGACAGUCCUAGGAAGAAGGACGGACGAAGAAAGGUUACGUUCAACGUCGAACCUAAUGUCGUGACCAUCAAACGCAACAUUACUGCCGAGUCAGAGCAAGGACGUACCCCCGAUGGUGAAGAGGAUUUGUUAUUUGAUAUGGAUGGCGUAGAAUUUGGAACGGCUGAGCGAACAGAACAGACCUCCAAUGGAGAAGAUAUCCAAAAAGAAUUACCGGCUGAUAUCACCUUCCGCGAGGUUCCGGAUCGAUCCCAAAGACCAAACAGGCGACAGCAUGACUUGAAAGACGCCGGGUUACCACAAUCAUUCGCUGCUCUUCGACCAUCAUCUUUACCCGCACCUUCAAGCAUCCGUCCGCCUAUACGUUCGCAGACUGGGGAGACGCAAACACAUCCACGAUUGACCUCGCCGCGAAUGCAAAGAGGAGCAGACUCAAGUAGAGCGAGGGAUAUUAAUCGUCAGGCCUCGGAAAGACGACUGUCGCAGGAAGUUCUUUCUCCAGAACAGAGGGAUCUUUUGAAGCGCGUUGCUGCUGAUUCUCCGAGUCAUCGUGGUUUAUGGAGACCGGGGAGUGAUGCUUGGAAGAUCUUUGAUCGUAAUGGCUUACAGUCGUCGCAAGAUUCCACGAUCGCUGAGGAAGAUGAACAAGAUGAGUCUACACUGGAUCCUCCGGUUACGAAUGGUAAAGACUCUGAACUUACGGACUGGCGCUAUUACAAACAGUCAGAUAUGGUCGGCUCUCUCCCCAUUCCCAUGGCCCAGCACCUACCCGGCAGUGCACCAUCUCUCAAACCCAAGACGUCCUUGACAGAUCGACCAGGCGCGCUUGUACCUCCUCUGCCAUCAGUUGCAGAAGAGGGUGAAGGACAAACUGAUCAGGUGGAGAAGAGAUCCGCAGCAGCCAUUCGCAAACAGGUCUAUGCCGAACGGAACAAAAAGCGUUCUUUGGAUCCUGGUGUACUUGAUUUCGUCGACGAGGAAGACGGAGAUGAGAAUGCGAGUCCGGAUAAUGUUGAUGUUGGCCACGACGACGACGAAGUAGAUCAGGUUUCGGCGAGUAGGAGUCGACAGCAUGCUUUGGAGAUUAUCAAAUUGAGGAAUAGAGUUCCGCCUGAGGGGUUCUGGCGCAGUUUGGCUGAUUGAGGGUUUCCCUUUCUCUUCCACUUCCUCCUAAACUGUCCCCAUCCCCCCCUUUUUUUUCCAUACCUUCUCACCUUCCUAUUGUUACACUACUCUCAUUAUUUAUUAAAUGCAUUUAUUGAUUAGUGCUGUUGUUGUUCAACCUUCCGAUUUCGAAGUUCUGAAGUCCCCCCCUCCCCGUCCCUAUCAUACAACGGAUGUGUGUGUAUCCUUCAGCAGUUUCCUACAUGCCUUUUCUCUUGUCAAUGUAUCCAUCACACUUUUUUGUCAUGUUUAUCAUGCUUUCGUACUCAUGGUGUUGGAAUGUUUCUUAUGUCGUUGACCAUUGAUCAUUGAACGUUGGUAUCACUGACUAUUAAUUAUUAUUGUACGUGGCUUGUGCCAUUCCC